UCUGCACUUCCUUUUUUUUCCCACGCUCCCUUCGUAUGCAUAGUGUGCAAAGUCAUACACUCAUACUUCACCAACACUGAAGUUUAGACAUCUCCAACAGGUUUUUCAAGGGUUUAACGGGCAUAGUUCAUCUCUUUCUGAAACCAGAAAGGCGCAGGUUAAAUCCUCUCUUCAGUCAUGAGAAGAGCGUCAUCUUCUCUUCUUUCACAUCUCACCCGAUGCAGAACCAAUUCAGUUUUCUGCAGAGAUUUCAUCUCAGACGCCACUCCGUUACCCCUCACGGAGAACCCAUUACCCUUCUCUCCUUCCCAUCUCAAAUCCUGUAAAAGAACCCGUGGAUUGUUGCUCUUUAAGAACAAAAAGUAUCAAUUUCAGAAUCACCCGUCUCGAAAUCUUGAUACCCUUGUUGAGCAGUCACCUCAUCUGUCCUCCAGACAGAGAAAAAUCAAAGAGAAAAAUGAAAUUGAAGAAGAAUUUGAAUCUGCAACGACAACUGAAGAGAUUCUCAGAGCUUUCAAAGAUAUGGAAUCGGUUUUCAGUGAGAACGAGCUUGGGCUGGCAUGUCUGAAAGUAGGCCUUAAGCUCGACCAAGAAGGUACGGACCCUGAGAAGUCUCUAGAUUUCGCUAAUAGAGCCUUAAAGAUAUUAGACCGCGAUAAUAAAGUUUCUUUAUCAGUCGCAAUGACUUUACAUUUGAUGGGUUCUGCUAGUUAUAAAUUGAAGAAAUUUAACGAUAGCUUAGGGUAUCUAAAUAGAGCUAAUAGGAUACUGGGGAGAUUGGAGGAAGAGGGAUAUGAUGCUAGUGAUAUCAGACCUGUUCUUCAUGCUGUUCAGCUUGAUUUAGCAAACACAAAGACAGCAAUGGGUCGAAGGGAGGAGGCUCUGGGUAAUCUUAGAAAGUGUUUGGAAUUAAAAGAGAUGGCUCUGGAGGCGGAUAGUAGAGAAUUGGGUAUUGCUAAUAGGGACUUGGCAGAGGCCUAUGUGGCAGUUUUGAAUUUCAAAGAGGCUUUGCCUUUUUGUUUGAAGGCAUUGGAAAUACACAAGGCUCAAUUGGGCAACAACUCAGUUGAGGUUGCACACGAUAGACGUCUUCUUGGUGUUAUUUAUUGUGGCUUGGAAGAGCAUGAGAAGGCAUUAGAGCAGAAUGAACUCUCACAGAAGGUCUUAAAGAAUUGGGGCCUAAGUUCUGAUCUGUUGCGUGCAGAGAUUGAUGCUGCCAAUAUGCAAAUUGCCUUGGGAAAGUAUGAUGAGGCAAUUAACACUUUAAAGGGUGUUGUUCAGCAGACAGAUAAGGAGAGUGAAAACCGAGCCCUUGUGUUUAUUUCAAUGGCAAAAGCCUUGUGUAAUCAGGAGAAGUUUGCUGAUUCAAAGAGGUGUCUAGAGAUAUCCUGUGGUAUUCUUGAUAAAAAAGAAACCGUAUCACCCAUAGAAGUUGCUGAAGCUUACAUGGAAAUAUCUAUGUUGUAUGAGACAAUGAAUGACUUUGAAAUUGCAAUCUCACUAUUAAAGAGAUGUCUGGCCAUACUUGAGAAACUCCCACAAGAACAGCAUUCAGAAGGGAGUGUUUCUGCACGGAUAGGUUGGCUACUACUGUUGACAGGUAAGGUUCCACAGGCAAUUCCAUACUUGGAGAGUGCAGCAGAAAGGUUGAAGGAGAGUUUUGGGCCAAAACAUUUUGGAGUGGGAUAUAUCUAUAACAAUUUGGGAGCAGUCUACUUAGAGCUGGACAGACCUCAGUCUGCUGCCCAGAUGUUUGCAGUUGCCAAGGACAUUAUGGAUGUAUCACUUGGUCCGCAUCAUGCAGAUUCAAUUGAAGCAUGCCAGAAUCUUUCAAAAGCUUAUGCAGCCAUGGGGAGCUAUGCCCUUGCAAUGGAAUUCCAGCAGCGAGUAAUUGAUGCAUGGGAAAGCCAUGGACCAAGUGCAAGAGAUGAAUAUAGAGAAGCUCACCGACUCCUAGAACAAUUAAAGAACAAGGCUCGUGGUUCACCAUCAACUGAGGUCCUUACAAAGGCUUUACCACUGCCUCAAACUAGUGAACUUGCGUCCAGCAGAGGCAUGAAACCUGAGGUCUGUGGGAAUUGACCAAGAAUAUUUUUUGUAUACUUACAGAAGCUUCUUUUUUUUUUUUUUUUUUUUUGAAAUCUGGUGUUUGCAUUGGCUCCCCAUGGUUUUCAGACUGGAAAGUGGUAAGUACGUGAUAGUUCACUAGGAAUUUUCCUGCCAACUGACAUCAAUGGCUUCUGAGAGGAGUUAUUAAUUGCUUAUUCAGGAAAUUUGUAUACUUUUAACUGGUCAGCUUAUAUAUCUACUUGAUUUGUAUUUUUGCUAA